CUGGGCUGGGGGCUUGGCUGCCGCGUCUCUACAGGCUCCCACACGGGGAAGCGCCCCUCCAUCACCUGGAGAGCAUCCGGCCUCGGGGAGCCCACACUCGGCUCUACUCCUGCCGUCUCUCGCUGUUCCUGGAGAGCUCCGCGUGGGGCUGACACACACACACACAUACAGUGCUGUCAGUGUGGAGAGCAGCCAGUCAGUUAGCGGCGAGACCAGAGGAAGCGGGGACAGAGCAGAUUCGGUGCUAUCCUCACUCACUCUCUCACUCUCUCUCUCACACUCUCUCCGCCAAAUGCAAAGGGAAAUAUGCAGCAGCACAUCUUGGCCUUUGUGUACACGGGCUGGCUAGGGCUGGGCUUCUGUGCUUUCCCCAGCAGCUUGCAGAUAGGAGCUCUGUUUCCCAAACAACAAUCGCAGGAAUAUUCCGCGUUCCGCUUCGGACUCUCGUUCUACAACACAGACACCCUGUACAAGCUCAUCACCCAGACCGAGAAUGUGGACAUCAGCAACAGCUUCGCGGUGACACAUGCCUUCUGUUCUCUGUUCCAACGAGGAGUCUACGCUAUCUUCGGCUUCUAUGACCGAAAGACGGUGAACACGCUGAGGUCCUUCUGCGGGGCUUUACAUCUGUCCUUUAUCACCCCGAGCUUCCCCGUGGACACCUCCAACCAGUUUGUCAUCCAGAUGAGGCCUGGACUGCACGACGCCCUCCUCAGCCUCAUCACACAUUACAAGUGGCAGAAAUUUGUAUACAUUUACGAUGCUGAUCGAGGUCUCUCAGUGUUACAGAAGGUGCUGGACACAGCUGCAGAAAAGAACUGGCAGGUCACGGCCGUCAGCCUGGAGACCACCACCGAGGAGGGGUACCGAAUGCUUUUCAAAGAUCUGGACAAGAGAAAGGAACGACACGUGGUCAUUGAUUGUGAGUCUGAUAAACUCAACGCCAUCAUGAACCAGAUCGUAAACAUCGGGAAGCACAUCCGUGGCUAUCACUACAUUUUCUCCAACCUGGGCUUCCUGGAUGUAAAUCUGGAUAAAUUCCAAUAUGCUGGAGCCAACGUGACUGGAUUUCAGAUUGUGUUGCCAACAAACAUUCAAGUCACCAAAUUCCUGCAGCGCUGGGAGAAGCUGGAUCCCAAGGAAUAUCAGGGUGUGGAGGGCAGCCGCCUGAAGUACACCUCAGCCAUGACCUUUGAUGGAAUUCUCGUCCUGUCUGAAGCCUUCAAAUAUCUUCGCAAGACGCGGAUCGACAUCUCGCGCCGAGGAAAUGCCGGAGAUUGUCUGGCCAACCCCGCUGUGCCCUGGGGGCAAGGCAUCGACAUCCAGAGAGCAUUACAGCAGGUCCGGGCUGAGGGGCUGACAGGCAACAUCCAGUUUAAUGAGUUUGGGCAACGAACAAACUACACAGUCAGCGUGUUGGAGCUCAAGAGCAGCGGCGUCCGAAAGAUUGGCUAUUGGAAUGAAGAUGACAGAUUCAUGCCCACCUCCACAGACCCUCACAGCAGCAACGAGACCAGCGGCAUCCAGAACCGGACCUACAUCGUUACCACCAUCCUGGAGGCUCCCUACGUGAUGCUGAAGAAGAACCACGAGCAGCUGGAGGGCAAUGACAAGUACGAGGGUUAUUGCGUGGAACUGGCCACCGAGAUCGGCAAACACGUGAGCUUCAACUACAAACUGGCCAUUGUGGCCGAUGGGAAGUAUGGAGCCAGAGACCCAGAGACCAAGGUGUGGAAUGGCAUGGUGGGCGAGCUGGUCUACUCUAAAGCAGACAUCGCUGUUGCCCCAUUGACCAUCACUCUGGUGCGAGAGGAGGUAAUCGAUUUCUCCAAACCCUUCAUGAGCCUCGGAAUCUCCAUCAUGAUUAAGAAGCCGCAGAAAUCCAAACCGGGAGUGUUCUCCUUCCUGGACCCGCUGGCCUAUGAGAUCUGGAUGUGCAUCGUAUUUGCCUACAUCGGGGUCAGCGUGGUGCUCUUCCUGGUCAGCAGGUUCAGUCCCUACGAGUGGCACACGGAGGAGUAUGAGGAGGGACAGGACCCACAGAAUAGCGAUCAGACCAACGAGUUUGGGAUAUUUAACAGCCUGUGGUUUUCCUUGGGGGCCUUUAUGCAGCAAGGAUGCGAUAUUUCACCAAGGUCACUGUCAGGCCGCAUUGUCGGGGGCGUCUGGUGGUUCUUCACCCUGAUCAUUAUCUCCUCGUACACGGCCAACCUCGCCGCAUUCCUGACUGUGGAGCGGAUGGUGUCACCGAUCGAGAGUGCUGAGGAUCUAGCAAAGCAAACGGAGAUUGCCUACGGGACGCUGGAUGCAGGUUCUACAAAGGAGUUCUUCAGGAGAUCAAAGAUUGCGGUGUUUGAGAAGAUGUGGGCUUACAUGAAGUCAGCUGAACCUUCGGUCUUUGUGAAAACUACCGAGGAAGGCGUGGCCAGAGUGCGGAAAUCCAAAGGGAAGUACGCGUACCUGCUGGAAUCUACGAUGAAUGAAUACAUCGAGCAGAGGAAGCCGUGUGACACCAUGAAGGUGGGAGGCAACCUGGACUCCAAGGGAUAUGGAGUGGCUACGCCCAAAGGUUCUGCGCUGAGAAAUCCAGUAAACCUGGCAGUUCUAAAACUGAACGAACAGGGUCUCUUGGACAAAUUGAAAAACAAAUGGUGGUACGACAAAGGAGAGUGCGGCAGCGGGGGAGGUGACUCCAAGGACAAGACCAGUGCCCUGAGCCUCAGUAAUGUGGCCGGAGUCUUCUACAUCCUGAUCGGAGGCCUGGGCUUGGCGAUGCUGGUGGCUUUGGUCGAGUUCUGUUACAAGUCAAGAAGUGAAACAAGACGAAUGAAGGUCUGCCUGAGCGAGGCCCUGAAGAGCAACAGUGGGACAAUGACAGCACAGGGCAGCACGGGAGAGAAUGGCCGGAUUGUUACUCAGGAUUAUCCCAAAUCCAUGCAAACGCUUCCCUGUAUGAGCCACGCGGCUGGGAUGAGCCUGGGAGCGACAGGUGUCUCAUAACAGGGCCUGGGAGACCGAUAGUAUCUCAGCCGCCAGAGCAGGAGGACUUGGACUUUGGGGAAAUGUACAAAACUGUUGCAAAAUAUUUUUAAAAGUUGCAAUAAUUGUGGAGCUGGACAGAGUGUAACCGUGCGCACACUCCGCAGAGCCCGACUUUGAGGAAAGUCAGUGUUUAGUAUUUUCACAAUGAUCCUGGUCCAGGAUUAAUCGUUGUUUUUGGUCACUUCCUGUCCCCAGGUCCCUGGCUGCUGCCAUUGGCUACACAGUGUCCACAGUUUGAGGAAGUUGGGAUAAACUCACUGUCUCUCCUGGUUUAGGGACCGGCUCCAAUCUCCCGCAGGAAAAGAGGGAAGAGAAAAAACGGAUUUAGAUUCAUAUAUAAAUGAUAUGGGGGAAAGAGAAUUAAGUUACUCAAGCUCUGAGUGUUAGAGGCUGGAGCCGCCUCGCUGUGAGAUUCUGGCCCAGUUCAAAGGCUGGUUAAGGCCAUAAUCAGCACUAAAUGCCCCCAAAGCAAUGCCCUCUUAUGAAAUAUUAAACAUGACUUUGUAAAGGCUGUUGUGACUUCAAGCCCAUGUUUAUUGUUUCUGUAAACAUGUCCUGACUCAUCACAAAGUAUUGUUAAGUUUCUAACAAUGACUAAUUCCCCACUAAAGCUGUUACUGUGCAUAAAGUGUCGAUGCUGGUGUGUGUGUGCUGUGUGAUGUUUGUGCCUCUGCUUUUAUGAUUGUCCUUGCUCCCAUCCUUGUUUCCAAUCCUGAAAUUGACUUUUCUAAUGAAUGUCCCAGGUGCAGGUCAGAAUGGAGGUCGCGGCCCAAUCUUACACCACGGAUUGGUACAACUUCGGUGGCAAGUCUUUAAAAGGGACUUUUAUAUCAUUAUUUGUACGAGAUUAAAGACAAUGUACAUUAUUCU